AUGGCAUGUCAGGCAUUUGGUGCUGACUCUUUCACCCCACUGACAGGAGAUUCACCUUUGCCCAUCCUCAUGCACCAUGGAUCUACCAGCGACUGUCUGCCAACCACCUCCCACGCUCACAGCAUGGUCUCCGCAGUAUCGUCCGGGCUGUCCCUGGGCCAGACCACCAAGCGCCCCCACAUGCACCUGUCCCCCUCCUCCCUCAGCAACGCUCUCGGCAACGGCCCCCCGAGCUUACAUUACCCCGUCGCCCCCUGUCACUACAGCAACCAGCAGGCCACCUAUGGCAUGAUGGCAGCACAGGAGAUGCUCUCUGCCAGCAUCUCUCAGACUCGUAUCCUGCAGACCUGUGGCGUCCCUCACCCCAACAUGGUGAGUGGUGCAAACCCACUGCAAGGGUCUCUCACUCCUUGCUUGUACAAGUUUCCAGAUCAUGGAUUAAGCAGCGGCUCUUGUGCAUUAAGCCACGGUUUCUCAUCGCUGCCCUCGGCCCUCCUAACAACUGAUGAGGCCCCCGGGGGCCCCGGUGGAGAGAUGAAGAGCGACGGCCAAAGGAAGAGCAUGCGGGACCCGGAGGACGCCCCGGCCAUGGACUCCCCACAGAUACGAGAGCUGGAGAUGUUCGCAAACGACUUCAAAAUCCGGAGGAUCAAACUCGGCUACACUCAGACUAAUGUAGGCGAGGCUCUUGCUGCUGUGCACGGCUCAGAGUUCAGCCAGACCACGAUCUGCCGCUUUGAAAAUUUGCAGCUGAGCUUUAAGAACGCCUGCAAACUCAAGGCCAUUCUGGCUAAAUGGCUUGACGAGGCUGAGCUGGCUGGUGCCUUGUACAAUGACAAAAUAGGAAUGAAUGAGCGGAAGAGAAAACGGAGAACAACUAUCAGCCUUGGAGCUAAGGAGGCCCUGGAGCGCAGCUUUGUGGAGAAAAGUAAGCCAUCGUCUCAGGAAAUAGCACGGAUCGCCAAAGGCCUCCAUCUGGAGAAGGAGGUGGUCAGAGUCUGGUUCUGCAACAGACGCCAACGGGAGAAACGCGUCAAAACAAGCCUCAACCUCAGCUCCUGCUUGACCAAAAUCAGUCCAAACUGCAUAGCACAGAUGAGUAAAUCGCAAAGGCCGAUGACGUAA